UGUGACAAAUAAAAAAUCAAAAAUUACUAAAACAAAAACAUACAACAAAAACUUGAAAAAAUAUUCAUGGAGGCGUUCGCAUCGCCAUAUUGAUUCUUAUCUACUUCCAUCAGUUGCAUUGGUUAUUGCCAUUCCAAGUGCUAAAAAAAUCAAUCUAAGCUUGUCACAUUCUUCUAUAGUACUUGCUUUAGGGUUUAUUUCAAGAGUAGCUCAAUUGUUUGUUGGGGACUUAAUCCAUGGUGUUGUAUUUCCUCCAAUUUCACCCACAUGUAUAGUGUCAGAUGAUUCUGACAGUGUUAAUGUAAGCCAAUCAGACAGUUUGUAUGCAAAAGUGUCAAAGAAAAGAAAGUUUAAACCAAAUGAUACUAACUGUAUUGAAAAUAUAUCAACUGCUGCUGAAAGAAAAGAAGUACAUGGUAAUGCACAAGAUAGUUUAACUUCAGAAAAAUGCAGUUCCACUCAAAACCUAAAGUUAAAAAAUGAAGAACAAAGUAAGCAUACGCAUAAAACAAGCUCUGAGCAUUUUCAAGUUGUAUCUCCACAAAUCAUAUCUUCGCAAGAUAAACUGUCUUUGGUGUCACAUCCUUCAGGAGAUAACAAGUUUGUAGAUAUAAAUAAAACUAAAGAAAACUUCAAUAAAAGUUUACCUAAAGAUUCUAUGACAAUAAAAGAAGACUUAAAUGAAUGUGAAGAUUUUAUAAAGUUAAAAACAUUAAAUAAAAAUGUAAGUACUAGAGAAAAAAGUUACUCAAAGGAUGCACAGAAUGAUACAAUUCAAAAUAUAACUGCGCUCAAACAAAAUGACUCCAUAGACAGCAUAUUAAUAAAUAGUGACAAAAAAAUGUCUUUUCAAAAAGAUGCAUUUAGUUUUGAUACAAAAGAUAUUUCAAAUUCUGGAAACUACUCACUAAAUGUUAUUCAUAAUACAUCACCUGAAGAUUAUACUGCAGAUGGUGCAGUAAAAAUAACUCCUAAAAAGAACAAAUACAAAAAUGAUUUUGUGUCUAAUAAUAAUCAUAAAGAUAAUGAAAUAAAGCAAUUCAAUUCAUUUGAUGAGGACUUGCUACCAAUUUUUAAUUCUCUUAAUACUUUAAUAGAAAAAGGUUCAUCUUAUGGUUAUAAUUCCAGUGAAUUUAUGCACUCAAUUAGUAGACUAAACCAGUAUUCUGAAAUGUUAAAUGAGACAUUAAAAAAAGUUAACUGUAACCUAUUCACUGGCUGCAACUGUGGUGCUUUAAAUAAUUCUCAACUCAUUGAAUUUCAUGAGAACAUGAAUCAUUUUAAAAAACAAAAUGAAAUUUUAUGUAGUGAAAAUGAAGCAUUGAGAAAUAUUGUUUUGAGAUUAAAUCAAGAGGUUGCAAAUUUGAAGAAAGACAAAGAAAAUGUUGAAGACAAAAAUAUUAGCAAUGAGUAUAUAUCUGGAUUACUGUCUAGUUACGAUCAGCAGCUUAAAGAAAAAGAUGACAUAAUUGUAUCACUUAAGGAAAUUAAAGAUAAAAUGAUUCCGGAAGAUAAGUGGAAUGCAUUAAAGGAGCAAGCAAAGAUUGUUCUUGAGGAAUAUGAAGAUUCAAUAAAGCAGAUACAUUUGUAUAAAGAAACUAUUUGCAAGUUAACCAAUGAACACUCUCUUAAAAUGAUAGAGUUGGAAAAUCAGCUUACUGAACAGAGUAAAGGAAAGAAAUAUGCAGAACAAGAGUUACUUGAACUCAAAGAUGGUUAUUUACUUUUGAAAUCUCAAAUUGAAAAAUUUGAAAAAAGUCAAGGAAGUAUCAUUUUGUUGAACGAUCAUCUUAAAAUUGUUGAAAACUUGAACAAGGAGCACAAAAAUGAAAUGAACCAACUUAUUUCUAAAACGGAUGAUAUGUCUUUUAAACUUGCUGCAUUAACCAAAGAAAGAGAUACAUUAGCAGUUCAAACUAGUGAGUUGUAUGCUGAAAAUCUUUGUCUUUUAUCUCAAGUAAAAACUAUCGAAAAACAUACUAGAGCACAGAAAAAACAAAUUAAUCAACAAAUGAAAGAAAUUGAAUCUCUGAAAAAAAUGGACUUGACCACAAAAGAAACGUUAUCUCAAGUUAUAAAAGUGGCAGAAUAUGUAAAACAAGAAAGAGACAACCUAACUGAUCAAAUGAACCAAAAAAAAAGUGAGGAAAUUUUAGCUUCUCAUCAAGAAAGUGUUGAGCUGAAAAGAUUACAACAUCAUUUGAAGAUCAGUAAACUAAAAGCAAAGAAAAAGCUUAAUCAAUUGAAUCAAAGAUUACAAGAACAAAAUGAAGAGUUUGAUAAACUUCGAAAAACUUAUGAAAAUGAGCUAAACGACCUAAAAGAUAUAGUCAGACAAAAGCAGAACCACAUUGAGCGACUUAAUUUCAAUAAAAGUUCAUACGACGAACGUUUCAAUGAAUUAUGGUCAACGUUUCACGAAAAUGACAAAGUCUGACAUGAUUUGCGGAUGUCAAGAUUUGCGCAUUUACCACCUCAAUUGUUAUUUAUUGUGGCAAACAUAAAUUGUUUACGUGAAUUUGUUUCAUUAAAAAUUA